AUGGCUCUAGAAGACCUCUGUGGUCUGCAGGCCCUGGGGAGGUCUCUGAGGGGGUCUCUGGGGGGUCUCACUCCAGAUUUGGGUCCCAUGGGGUCUCCCACAGAGAAGAGAAGGGGCCGUUACGCCGGCGACGUGCCCCUGAGCAGCACCGCUAGCGUCUUGAGCUUCUCCGUUCCAGUGGGCCGGUAUCUGGACCGCAGCCCCAUCGACUUCGGACAGACGGCGCCCGACUACGCCCCCACGCCCGACGCGUCCCGGUGGUCCGCUGGCGGUCCGGGCGGGCCGGACUUCGCCCCCGGCGCUGGGCCGGACUCCAGCCCCGGCGCCGUGCCCCUCCCCUUCCCCACGGCCCACGGGACCACCACGCUGGGCUUCCUGUUCCAGGGCGGCGUGCUGGCGGCGGCCGACACACGGUCCAGCUGCUCCGGCCUGGUGGCGUGCCCCGCCUCCCGGAAGGUGGUGCCGCUGCACCGCCACCUGUUGGCCCUCGGCUCCGGCACCUCGGCUGACAUCGCCCUGUGGCGCCGCAUCCUGGCCCGCGAGCUGCGGCUGUACCAGCUGCGGCACGGCCGGAGGCUCACCACCGGGGGCGCCGCCAAGCUGCUGGCCCUCAUGCUGCACCCCUUCAAGGGCACCGAGCUGUGCGUGGCCGCCACCCUCUGCGGGUGGGACGGGGAGCCGCUGGGCGCCGCUGACCUGGAUCCUCAACUCCCGGCCUUGGACUGGAGCGGUCAAGGAGGAGCUCCGGCCCUCGGCGGUGACGUAGCGGAGGCCCCAGCGAGGGCGGGGCCCCCGGGCGGCGGGGCGGGGACCUCAAGGGGCGGGGCCAGGCUGUACUACGUGUGCAGUGACGGGAAGCGCCUGCGGGGGGAGCUGUUCUCGGUGGGCUCCGGGUCGCCCUACGCCUACUCGGUCCUGGAUGAGGAGGUGCGCUGGGGCCUCUCGGUGGAGCAGGCCGCGCGGGCCGGCCGCGAGGCCGUCUACAGGGCCUCGCGGCGGGACGCGUACUCAGGGAACUGCGUGGACGUGUUCCUGGUCACGGCCCGGGGCUGGAGCCGGCGGCCGCGGGAGGACCUGGGGGAGGAGUACUACCGGGAGCAGGAGGGGCUGGAGGAGGACGCUGGGGGGCCCAGCGCCCGGCCCCGGAGGGACGGCUCCAAGCUCCGCUACGACGCUAAUACGCUGCUACGUUAUCUGGUGCAAGCUAGAGUCCUGCAGCGCUAA